AGAGAGAGCUGAACGUCUUCGUUGGACUCGCUGCUGCUUCUCCGGGUCUGAGCUCCGUCCUCUGCACACAGCGCUUCUUCUCCAGUCAGGCAAAACCUGAAGGACUAUGACGGAUAGAACAUCUCCCAUUUCAAGGUGAUCCUGCUGGGAAGAUAAAACUUUUGUGACCCGUACAUCCUACACUUCCUCCAGAGAAAUGAGGACUAUCUUGCUGGGCAUUGUGUGGCUCUGUCUUGGCCUGUCCCUGGAUGCUUGGUCUUUAAGUGGACGGCAAAUAGAGACAGUUGGUGGAGAGGGAACUGAAGAAGAGGUCAGAGGAGAGAAUCUGCUCAAAAGAGUGAGACGAGGCUGGAUGUGGAACCAGUUUUUCCUGCAGGAGGAGUAUACAGGAAGCGAUUACCAGUACAUUGGCAAGCUCCAGUCGGACCAGGACUACGGCAAUGGCGUAGUCAAGUACAUUCUGUCUGGCGAGGGGGCCGGCAGCCUCUUUGUCAUCGACGAGAAUAACGGGGACCUGCAUGCCACUCGCCGCCUGGAUCGUGAGGAGAAGGCUUUUUAUAUCCUCAGAGCCACAGUGGUCAACAAAAAGACAGGUCUGAAGCUGGAGCCAGAGACCGAGUUCACCGUCAAACUCCACGACAUCAACGACAACGAGCCGAAGUUCAGCAAAGAAGUUUACACCGGCAGUGUGCCUGAGAGCUCUGAUAUUGGUACAUCAGUGAUCCAGGUGACGGCUACAGAUGCUGAUGAUGGUAUGUAUGGGAGCAGUGCCAAACUGGUCUACAGCAUCAGCCAGGGACACCCGUACUUUUCUGUGGACCCAAACACAGGUGUGAUCCGGACAGCCUUGGGUCCUGGCGACAUGGACCGCGAGCAGAGGGAGCACUAUCAGGUGGUGAUUGAAGCUAAAGACAUGGCUGGACAGAGAGGAGGGCUCACUGGAGCCACCGUGGUUAACAUAACCCUCACCGAUGUCAACGACAACCCUCCCCGCUUCACUCAGAGUAUUCACCAGUUCAGAGUACCUGAGUCGUCCAUGUCCGGCACUCCAGUCGGGAGAAUUCUAGCCACUGACAGAGACAUCGGGAAGAACGCCGAGAUGUCUUUCACCAUCGUUAGUGGAGACGGCAUGGACGUAUUCGACAUCUCCACUGACAAAGACACACAGGAGGGAGUCAUCACUGUGGGGAAGCCUUUGGAUUUUGAGAGAAAGCCGUCAUACACGGUAGAAAUCCAGGUCCGGAACACACAGGUGGACCCUCGUUUUAUGUCUGCGGGCUCCAAAGACAUGGCCACGGUCCGGAUUGGAGUGGACGACGUGGACGAGCCGCCGCUGUUCGACAAAGCCAGCUAUGUGAUGGAGGUGAAGGAAGAUGCUGCAGUGGGCGUGGCCGUGGGCUCAGUCAGUGCCAUGGACCCCGAUGGAGCUCGCAGCAUGGUCAAGUACUCUAUCGACCGCCGUACCGACAUGGACCGCCUGUUCAAUGUACAUCCAGGGAAUGGAUCUGUGUUCCUGCUCAAAGGCCUGGACAGAGAGGAGGCUGCCUGGCAUAAUAUCUCAGUCAUCGCUACUGAGUCCAAUAAUCCCCGUCAGAGCAGCCAUGUUCUGGUCUACAUCCGCCUGCUGGAUAUCAACGACAACGCACCCACCUUCGCCGCUGUGUAUGAAACCUUUGUCUGUGAGAGGACAAGCAGUGGUCAGCGGAUCCAGACAGUGAGUGCUGUUGAUGCCGAUGAGCCGUCAACGGGACACAAGUUCUUCUUCAGCCUUCUCCAGACCCACCGCAGCAACUUCUCUGUCAAAGACAAUGGAGAUAACACUGCUGGCAUCCUGACACGACGAGGCAGCUACAGCCGCCUUCAUCAGAGUGUCUACCUGGUUCCCGUGGUGAUCACCGACAGCGACUACCCAAUGCAGAGCAGUACCGGCACUCUCACUGUGAGGGUGUGCACCUGCGACCGGGACGGCAACAUGGAACUGUGCAAUGCAGAGGCUCUGAGCAGCUCUCCUGGUCUCAGCACUGGAGCUCUUAUCGCCAUCCUCCUGUGUGCCAUCAUACUGCUGAUGAUCAUGGUUCUAUUCACAGCUUUGAAACGACAGAGAAAGCAGGAGCCUCUCAUCAUCUCCAAGGAGGACGUGCGGGACAACGUGGUGAGCUACAAUGACGAGGGCGGCGGAGAGGAGGACACCCAGGCGUUCGACAUCGGAGCACUGCGACACCCGGACACUGUCGCCACUUUAGAGGAGUCGGCCAAGCAGAGGCGGGACAUCAUCCCCACUGACGCCCUGCUGUAUUCACCACACCACCGACCGGCCCCCGCCUCGUCCGACCUCAUCCCACCACCAGUCGGCAUGGCAUCACGGGAUAACGGGGAUGUCCGCGAGUUUAUAAAUCAGAAAGUGCUGGAGAACGACUGUAACCCGACAGCGCCGCCGUACGACUCGCUGGCCACCUACGCCUACGAGGGCGCAGGCUCCGUGGCGGAGUCCCUGAGCUCACUGGGCUCAGUGUCGUCCGAGGCUGAGCAGGACUACCACUACCUGAGUGACUGGGGACCCAGGUUCAGGAGACUAGCGGACCUGUACGGUGCUGAGGACUGUGACUUCUCUUAACAAAGUCAGCUGCAGGAAAGAUGUUGACCAACGCAGGGCCAAAGACGGCAACCUCUAACUACCACAGACUCUAUAUUAGAGAUUGGGAACAUUACUGAUGAGCUUUAAGGAAAUUGUAGAACUUUUAAAAAUACAGAUGGCACACAAUCCACGUGAUGAAGCUACCUGACCCUUGACCUGUCUUCAUUGCACAUGGAGCCAAACAUGUGUGUACCAAGUCAUUUUCAAAAGGGGACAUUUCAUUUUGUCAACUGGAAGUAACAGAUGUAGAAAUGUAAAUGAAUCAGCCCAAUUAUUGUUGGUUUCGAAUCAAAAUUUUUGUAUUUUGAAUUGAGAAUUGGACUUAAAAUACGAAGAUAUUGCUUUGGUUUGAAUCUGUCUUGGGUAACCAAAUACCCAUUUUGCAGAGCCUUUCAUGCUGCUUUACGUGUGUCAUCUAAGGCAAACUGAAGUGUUGGGAACUGGGUCAGUCAUAAAAAAAACCAGAGCAGUUAUUUCAGGAUUUGACCACAUGCACCGCUGUAAAUAUGAAGUGAAGUUUGUAUCUUCUUAAGUGCCCUUCUGCUGCCCUUCAGGCUGAGCUGUGGAUGCCGGUAGGUUGGCAGAGACUGGAGGGAGCUACUUUUUUUUUGAAACAUUUUGUCUUUUUUCCCCGUGUUGUACAAAAGGAGCAUUUCAGAGGAGCUGUCCUGAGAGACCUUCGCCUUUUUCAGAACACAGUGCAUUUAGUUCCAUGAGUUGUCCUCUUUCACUCACGUGUUUUCCUGUUAACGCAGGUUUGAUUUUUUUUUUGUGCCGUAAACAAAAAGAAUACAGAUGCUUAUGGCGUAAUGUUUCAUUUUUUAGCUUCAUGAUUAAGUGUAUAUUCUGUCAGAAAUGUGGUUGAACUGAAUCAUAUUGGAAGUAUACUGUUAUAUCAAUCUUUAAUUUCACCGCAGUCAUUGUUCUACAACAAAGUACAACUUCAGAUAUUAUACAAUGUUAGAGAACGCCUUUUCAUUGAGUGUAUGCUUUAUAUACAAACGUAUAAGGAGUAAGCCCCGCCUUCACAGUCGAGCUGUCACUUUAUGUCCUAAAUUCAGAUUACAGUUUGAGUGUGAAUAAACUUAGCAAACUCAAAAUUUAAAAUGUUUUAGCACAUCAAGCCGUUAUAAGGCCGAUUAUAGUUUUGGUAGCUGCACAAAUACAUAUUUUUAUAAUGGAUCAAAUAGUACAUGCCAUUCUCCCAAGAGGCCACAAAAGCAAUAAAGGCAGGUUCAACACAAAAUUAUAACAACAUUAUGACAACAACAAAUCCAAAGUCAGGUGUUUGCUUGUGGAGGAAACGGAGGCAGAACGUCACUGUUACGUACCGUUAGCUUAGGCUUUGGUUCUGUGGGUUGCAUUCAUAUGAAUUGUGUGUUGGGGCUCAUUUGUUCAAACCUGACCAUUGAAAAAGUGGCAGCCCUCCUUCACAGCCAGCAUUGCUGCUUGAAUGUCUUUCAAUGACUGCUAACUUCAUCUUUCUGUGCUCAGUUUGAUUCAGCCCACCCUUUGAGGUUUUGUUGUUAAAUGUUGUAAUUACCUGACGCUGCGAGGCAGACUAUUCAGCAUUUGCUUUGAUGUCACAGUGAUAACUGAAGCAAAAGGUCAAAAUCACAACAGGUAACCUCAGUGCUAUGUUCAUUAUAACAUAUUGAAAGUGAGGGAGACAACUACAAAAUCAGGGUCAUUUAUUGAUUCAGACAUUUUGUUAUCCUGAAAUAAUAAGAGGAGUUGGUAUUGUGUGUUUUGUCUGUUUCAGUGAGAGCAGCCGUCUGUUCCAGUGUUUUGUGACCGUGGUCUGCUCUAAAGGCUUCAAGAUGAAAUGUCCACGUAUUUUUCUUUUUCGUAUGAUUCAUUCUUUUUCUACCAAAUAUUAUGUAUAGGACACAAUGAUAUCAAUGAUAUUCUUGAAGGGAAAAAAAAAA